AUGUCAAAGUUUGCGUACGGUGAGUUUCCGACAGCACCUUCCAUUGACCUUCGCAGCGUCAGCUCGACGGGCGGUAUCGUCGGGCCAAGACGGGCACGCUUGUUGUCAAAAUCGAUGUCGAAGGCUUUGCUAUCAAUCAUCCUCCUGGAGGUUUCCCUUGCAGCGGUUUCACAGUGUGACGAAGAUGACGCUGCUUACCUUCAGAGUCACGUGAAGGUCAAGAGCGAUCCUUGUGAAACUGGCAUCAAUUCAGGCACCUGUACCGGCACUUCUUGCAACAACUGCGAUCCAACCCCCGACGGUGUCGAUAUUCCUCCGAGCCUCAGCCGCUUUCCCAACGGCUACUUGAGUUGUACUGGAACUGGUGCCUGCAAUCUGGCCGAAUCCGCAGACGAUGAGUUCUAUGACUUUAAAAGUUCCAGUGACUAUCUCACCUGCAGCGGCACGAACGCAUGCUCGCCUUUGAACUUGAACAACGUGGGUGCAAUCUGUGUCAGUGGAGAAAAUUCUGGUUAUGAGAGCAAAUUCAAUUUGGCUUCGGGCACUUGUACCAAUGAUGUUUGCUGCAAUGGCGGCAAUGCUUGCAAAAAUAGCUUUUUGAAAGGAGUGAACACCUUGUCGUGUCGAGGAGAACAGGCGUGUUGGGACCUGAAGGCGGAAUUGACGGGCAACUUGUACUGCAACAGCGGUGCGACAGACGGCGGGGCUUGUUCCAACGACUUGGCCAGUUUUAUCUUCAGCGGGAGCACAGACCAUUGUGUCGAAUGCUAUGGCAAGGGGACCUGCAUGAGCUCAAGUCAGUUUAUCUUCAUGGGCGAGGAGAAAGUGAAGAUGACCUGCGGCAAUACAGCGGACUCAUCAGGGACAUGUAAUGCAGCACGAAUCAGCCUUCAGCAAGACACUUGCAUCCAUUUGGUUUGCGAAAAUGCCACCUGCAAUGACCUUUCAGUGAUGAACGACACAAGCGGCAGCAGGUGCUUCUGUGAAGGAGCAGGGUGCUCAAACAUUGCAACCGGGUCGAUAAAUUUGCAGUGCCUAGAGGUCACGACUCCAAACCCCUGUGGAGCGAACAUUUGCUCAAAUAGUGCCGCCUGCUGCGAUAGCGAAGUGUCGCCAUCUUGUGGCUCCUGCGGCUGUGCGCUCCCUACGGCCCCUGCGGCGGCGGGCUCCACAAACAAUGCGAUCACUGCCAAUGUGGCGGGCGAUCCACAUAUUACCACCUUGGAUGGAAAACAUUAUACCCUCUUGCAGCAGGGAAGCUUCUUGAUGUGGGCUUUCUCAGGUUAUGAAACGAGAGUCCCUUCGGCCACUCACGGGAUGAAGAAAGUUCCCAUGGAUUUCGAGAUCUUCACCCAUUAUUCAGGUUCAACAUCCUUCACAAAAGCAAUUCUGCUGGUGGACAAGUCGAAUGGUUUGAAGACACCACGCCAGGCGCUGGAGCUGACAUCCCUGGAUUGUGUCUGGCGUGCCAAGAAGCCCAGCUGGCACGACGUGGGGACCGAGCUCUUGCAGCUCACGGAUGAUGGGGAUGCCCUGGGAGCCUUCAACGUGUCCAACUCGGUAGGAAACCAUAAGAAUGUCCAGCUCCUUAUGAAGACCGAAGAUGGCUAUAGAAAGAUCGCCAACGUCUUUGUGAGAUGCCAACCAGGUAGUCACAUGGCGGCGAAGGUGAAGAUGCUGAGUCCGAAGACAGACCUUGACUUCGUGCGUGGCGAAAUGGCACCCGAUGGCCAGCGCUUCCCACAGCACGCGCUAGGUUCAGCAUCAAAGCUUGGCCUUGGAGUGAGUCUGGUGGCACAAGACACACAGUUUUCUACCACAACUGAGUGGACUGCUUUGGGAGGGAGCGCGGAUGCUGCUACUUACCUCAAAGAGGUCGAUACCCAAGGACCUGGAACCUUCCUGAAGCAGUGCAGUGAAGAAGAGCAGCAAGAAGCUGAGAAGAUUUGCAACAAACAUUGGGCCAAGCCUCUUCCAGAGGCAUGUUUGGCAUGGGCGGGCAUCAAAUAUGGAAUCUGUGGCACUCGGCCCUGUGUAUUGGCCGAAAGGCAAGUCUGA